AUGGGCGAUGACGGAACUUUGCACUUAGAUAUAAACUCUCUUAUACAUGAACUUCACAUAUCGCCAGGUUUUAAAGUCGAGAUGCAUUCAAUGAUGUUGAGACCAGGCAUUGGAUUAGGGUUCAUUCCUCGUGAGAACCCGUUCCUUCUAGCCAAAGGUCUCACUUCACUGCGACCUGCAGUCCCCGUAGUCAUGACAAGAAAACUAUGCCAUUUAACAAGAUCACCAUCCCCAAUAGUUCCUCCAAGAUACACAAGGCUCAAUACUAUUAGAUUCAAUAAGUUGUCACCCAGCAUUUUCUCAAGAAAUUUUCAUUUUACCAGUGUUAGGAGAAGUGGCAGAUACCCCUUUGGAAACCGACCCCCCUUAAGAGUGUUUAAAAUAUCGCCCUUAGUGAUAUUCCUUGCUAGUAUUGGUGCGUUGACCGUAUUUUUCCUAAUACUACCAUUUAUGUUGACUUUCUUCCUGCCAUUGUUCGUUGUAGGUAUCAGCGUCUAUCAGUUUCGCAAGUGGAAGAAUAAUACUUUGUUUGAUCAAUUACUCAAUGGGUUGAAAAAAAGUGAAAUGAGAUUGAACUCUCAGACUUUGAAUGCCAUGUAUGUGAAAUCUAUUAGUAAAUUUUUUGAUGCUGCUCAAAAUCCCAACGCUGGUGUAUUUGAGGAAAUCUUCAAAGGUGUUGAUGCAAAGAUGAAAAGAGAUGGUAUCUGGCCUAAUGCAAAUAACGUAUCAGAGGCAGAUAGACUAUUAUCCUUUGUACAGAGUCGUGUCAUGGAAGCGAUUAAGAGUGAUGAGCAAGGCAUUAGAACCUAUUUCUUGGGAGAUGACGUCUCAAAUUGGAUUAAGGAAGGCUAUGAUUUUGAACUAGGCUCUAGCGAUUGUAGGUCCUUUGUUCGUGGUUUCAAAAACGAAAUUAUAUUCUGGAUAGUUUACCCCAUAUAUUUGAAAUCGUCAACUCAUCCAAAAAGGCAUUUAGCAGACGUCUCGGUAGCUGUUCUUCAAGGUCAUCAUGCUGAAAGAAACAACUACGAUUUUUUCCUAGUGCAAACGAAUCUAAUCAGACAAAAUGCUAAGUGUAAUAUGGCUAUAUCAGUGAAAUCUACAAGUAGCAUUUUGCCCAAACAAUUUGUCAUUAUUGAUGGAGGCGAGUCAGGGGAUUUCUGGACCAAGUACGAUGUCCAUGAGAACUCUGAUGGCCACACAGAAUACACCAUCAGAAAUACUGACUGA